AUGGCUUCCCCCGCGCCCCAGCGAACAGGCUUCGCCCUGCCUCUGCUCUACCGCUUCUUCUUCCUCUUUCUCGAGCCCAUCUCAGCGCUCGUGGGCGCCUACUUUUGCCACCUGCGCCAGGCGCGGUACCUCGCGCUCCUCGACGCACCUUCGGCCGCGGCCACGACCUUCACCACCGGCGCCCUGCCGCUUGGCACGUCGGUGGCGCUGUCGCAGCUGGCCAACAUGUACCUCUUCUUCGCCCUCAACGAGGCCGUGGUGCUGCGCAGCACCAGCGACCUUCGCGUCUGGAAGGCCGUCCUGGCGGUGCUGCUGCUGGCCGACCUGGGCCACCUGUACUCCAUGCGGGAGCUGGGACCGCAUAUCUACUACGACGUGCUGGGUUGGAACGAGGGCGACUGGGGCAACGUGCCCUGGGUGUACGCGGGUGCGACGCUGCGCAUCUGCUUCUUGGCGGGGGUUGGCAUGGGCCCAAAGGCGCCGGUGAAGCGCGAGUGA